UAUGAUUCUCUCAAUUUUUUAAUUGGCGUUGUUUAUUUUGUUAUUAACUAAGAAACUCUGAUGCCGAUGUCGUUUUGUUGUUAAGAUGCUUUAUAUGGCAUCUUGGUUUUAAUGCUGGAAUAUGGCAUUUUGCCAGGCGUUUUAAUGCAAAUUCUUGCUUUGGAUUCUCUGGAUUCCUUAUUGUUUUCUCGUAUUUUUGUUUUUAAAGUUUUUAAGGAAUUAUUUUAAAUAAAAUAUCGGAUCUUGUAUUCUUGUUUGACCGCACAUUUAAAGCAGGAAGCAGUCGCUGGUAUAUUCGUAAGGAAAAGUUCAAUUGUUGUGAUCAUUAAUUUAAUAUGGAACAUUAUACUAGUCAAAAUAGCUAUUCAUAUAAACCUUGCAAAUAUUUCUCCAAGCAUUAAUUUCCCCCACUGGAAUCAAAGUGGGUCGUUGCAAGCUCAUUAGGGGGACGAGGUCAAAAUAGUUGGCGUCCGUCCCUCAAUAGCUGUGGUGCGUUUGCACUAGCCAGUGGCCAUUGAUGUGGAGGCGGCAGCCAUACUAUUUUUUGUUUGUACUGAAAUGAUUCUGUUACCGUCAGAAAUGAGUUGUCUGAUGCGUCUGUGGGAGCACCUCGGUGUUUUCCUGAGGCCACCACCGCUAUUUUUUUUUUUUUUUUUAAUUUGCCUGAGGCCCCACCAUUAGUUCCUUCGUUUAACUGGCUGCACGAAUUGGGAGUUGGGUCUUGAGUCAUUAUUGAGGACUACUGUAGAGUUUUGGUGGGGCUAGGUUUUAUCUGUCAAUUCAAGUGGUUCACUGUAUUUUAGCUUUCAAGUUUUUUUUGGAUUGUUGAUGGUGGUAUAAAUUUAUGCUUUUAAAGGUGACCCCUUGAUAGGUCCAACGUUUUCGCGCCGAAAGCUGGUGUGCUGCUCUAUAUGCUGUGGUCAACCAAUGGGUGGUCUAGAGGGUCUGGUGUUGACGUAUCGGAGUCUUAUUAAUGAAAUGUUUAUUUAAAAAAAUAGAAUUGAUUCAUCAGCACAUGUGCAUGAAGGCACUAAAAACAAAAUAACUACCCCACCGUCGGCUCGCUUCUGCUGGACGAGCCCCUUGUACAGCUGUACAACAACCCAGGAUUGGCAAUUUUCUGCCAAUAUGCCUGGUGAGUGCUACGUACGCUUCGCAGCGUGAUGGUCUGGAUUUAGUGUUGGCUUGUUGUCUAUGGCAAAGACAAUCUUCAAUUUUUUUGUGGACUUCGUCCGUUUGUAUUUUACCGAGCUCUAUCUGGGAUGCUGUGAGCUUGAUGUUACACUGUCACGUGUAGGGAAGUUUAGAUCUUGUACUAUUGUAAAGAGGAAUUGAUGGUAGGUAGAACAACACUGGUAGAUAGGAGUUUUACAAUAAGAAAGUGUUUUAAAAUAACUCCAGAACUGUGAAUCAACGGAGUACAGAAUGUUUUGCUUGCAUUAGCAGUUAAAUUUUAAGGUCAAUUCAGGAACCCUACAAUAUAUUUUCUUAUUCUUUGUAACAUCCGUCUUUGAAAGUCAGCAUCACUAUAAAUGCUGCGCAUAUGCCACGCUUAUACCGACUCGUGGUUAAGUGUGCAAUUAGAUUAGGUAGGAAACAAAUAACUGCCCACAAGAAAAAAAAAAUGAAAAAGAAAAAUACUCGCAUGAAUUGUGCGAUUUUGCUUUAUGCUAAACUUACUGUUUGAUAAUGGGCCUCUGCUUUAACUUUCUACCGUUUCUGCAUUUACUUUUCAUUCAAGUUCCAUCUAGUUUCUUUGUGUAAAAGUAUUACAGUUAAUUUUACGCAUUCUUCUAGCAUCUCAUUUAGUCCUGUGGCCCUUGUUCGAGAAAAUGCAUUCCGGUGCACCAUGAAUUUUGGGGAAAUUUUGGUUAUUUCUUAGCAUAAGGGUAUUUGGCUGCUUGAAUGUCUACAAUGAUUAGUAUUAGGUUGUGGAACAAUGGGAGCCGGUGGCAGGAUGUCUGUUCCUCCUUCGCCCAAGAAGUUGGAAUCUGAAAUCUUGAAAAGAGUUCCUUACUCAAAACCACCAUUCACGCUUGGUCAGGUCAAGAAAGCUAUCCCACCUCAUUGUUUUGAGCGCUCUGUUCUCCGCUCAUUUUCUUAUGUUAUUCAAGACCUGACCUUUGCCUUUAUCUUCUAUUACAUUGCCACCAAUUACUUCCACCUCCUCCCUUGUCCUCUCUCCUAUGUGGCCUGGCCAAUUUACUGGUCUCUCCAAGGCUGUGUCCUCACUGGUGUUUGGGUUAUAGCUCACGAGUGCGGGCAUCAUGCCUUCAGUGACUAUCAAUGGCUUGAUGACACAGUUGGCUUUAUUCUCCACUCCUUCCUAUUGGUCCCUUACUUUUCAUGGAAACAUAGCCACCGCCGUCAUCACUCCAACACAGCUUCCCUUGAGCGAGAUGAAGUAUUUGUGCCCAAGAAGAAAUCCAACAUUCGUUGGUUCACCAAAUACCUUAACAACCCACUAGGCCGUCUCCUCACACUUAUCAUCACUCUUACCCUUGGCUGGCCUAUAUACUUAGCAUUCAAUGUUUCAGGAAGGCCUUAUGAUCGUUUUGCCUCCCACUAUGACCCAUAUGGACCUAUCUACACUGAUCGUGAGCGGAUGGAGAUAUACAUGUCUGAUAUUGGUGUUCUUACAGUGUCUUAUGGUCUCUACCGUCUUGCUGUAGCAAAGGGGCUUGCUUGGGUUGUUUGUGUUUAUGGAGUGCCAUUGUUGGUGGUGAAUGCAUUUCUUGUUAUGAUCACAUAUCUCCAGCAUACUCAUCCUUCAUUGCCACAUUAUGAUUCUUCCGAGUGGGAUUGGCUAAGAGGAGCUCUAGCAACUGUUGAUAGAGAUUAUGGAAUCUUGAACAAGGUGUUCCAUAAUAUAACGGACACUCAUGUAGCACACCAUCUGUUCUCGACAAUGCCACAUUAUAAUGCAAUGGAGGCAACAGCGGCCAUAAAACCAAUUUUGGGUGAAUACUACCAAUUUGAUGGGACUCCUUUCUACAAGGCAAUGUGGAGGGAGGCAAAGGAGUGUAUUUACGUCGAGCCAGAUGAUCGCGAUCAGAGCAAAGGCGUGUACUGGUACAAAAGCAAGUUUUGAUUAUAAGGAAGUUAGCAAAUUGGCAGUACUUGCUAGGAUUUUGUAUUUCCUUUCAUGGUAAUUUAGGCUGUUCAAUUUCUUGAAUUGAACUUUAAUCUUAGUUGUGCUUUUUGUUUGAAUAAUCUUAUCUUAAUUAUUGUAGAAGCAAUUAAAAAAAAUCAAAAAUUGCUGUUCGAUUC